AUGCCGCUGGUUUGCGCGCUCGUCGCGCGGCGCGCCGACGCGGCCGUGCUGGCGCAGCAUGCUACCGCGUCUGGCGAUGUGCAGCGGGCGGCACUGAAGGGCCUCACGACAAUUGAACCUGACAGCGGCCGGCGAGCCACAUUCACUGCGGACGGCCACACGUUCCACUACCUGCUCCACGGCGGCCUUGCGUUUGUGGCUGUUGCUGACCAGGCGUUUGGGCGCGAUGUGCCCUUCGAAUUCCUCAAGCGUCUCGCCGCCGCCUGGGACCCUCAGCAGCUGCCCUGUGGCGCACGCGCGCCAGAGGAGGGGACAGCCGCUGCUGACGCCGACGCCGGGCGGCUCUUUGGACCGGCGUUGAAGCGGGAGUUUGAGCACUGCAACGCGCACCCGGAGGAGCUGUCACGCCUGGCGGCGCUGCAUUCAAAGGUGGAGGAGGUCAAGAGCGUCAUGGUGCAAAACGUCGACCAGGCGCUGCAGCGGGGGGAGGCGCUGGCGGGUGUGGAGCUGCAGGCGGGUGCCCUGGACAACCAGGCGGAGCUCUUCAAGAAGAGGGGCGCAGAGCUACGCGGCCAGAUGAGGGCGCACAGCUGCAAGCUCAAGGCGUGCCUCGUCUUCGUGGUGCUGGUGUGCUUUUCGGUGAUCGCCGGCAUCGCCGUGUGCUUCUCCGCCAACUGGCGCUGUCUUGGAGGGAAUGAUGUGUACCGAGCGGCCGCCGGGGCCGCGCCGCCGCAACCGCCGCCGCAGUUUGCGGACCCCCCGCGGGUCGAGGCGCCGGGCCCGGAGGCGUCGGCGCUUCUGGGGCCGCCGCCGGCCGGCGGGGCGGCAGCGGGGCCGGGGCGGCCGUGA